AUGGAAAAGAAAUUUCAUUUAGUCGAGAGACAAGAAAACAUCUUGAAGAAAAGAUUGCAGGCUUUUCUUGCAGAGAUGCUGAAAUUCGGCACUAUGAAGGGAUUUAAGAACUUCGCCAUGUACCUCAGGGGACGGGAAGAAUUGGUUAUUAGUGUUCUAAAUCAGCCCAAAUCAUCACACUACAUCCACACCCUGGAGUCCACUGGUUUACCAACUUUCAAAGAUCCAAAUAGAAGUGGAAGUUUGACAUCAAAUAAUCUCCCUUAUGAUAAGAGGUCACUACUAAUAUCCUUGAGGUCACAAAUGACCUUGACCACAGCAGCAGUCCCUAAAGGGGUUGGUUUACCUCCUGCUUCACCAAGUGAUUCAGAGACGCAACCAGGGGAUGAGGCCUCCACCUUGUUCCUGAUAGCAGGCUAUGCUAGAUACAGCUGUCCGUAUGUAUGGAUUCGCUCUAACCAUCAGAGGCUAAUCAAACUGAUGGGCGACUCCGAGUCGGAGAAAGAUAGUCCUCUCCGCCUUAAAACCAUAGCCUCGUGGAAAGACUGCAAUGUGACACUGUACGACAUUGUUGCUGAGCUGGUCAAGCUGAACACCUACCCUGCCCCACAGAACCCCUUCCAGUUGGAUAUGGAGUAUUUCUCCACAUUACCUCCCUCAGAACUAAUACUAGAGACUGCAGCCAUGAUACAAACACUGAAGAAAAUUUUCCUUAAUACGUCAGAUGACAGACCUUAUACAGGAUGUGUGUUGGAAGAUUUACAAGUUAUGACCAGAAUGCAUUUCACUGCCUUGAAAAAAAUGGCAAAAGAUGGAAGUUUACCCAUUGUGCAACAAGAACAGAGACAGCGAUCUGGUUCAGGGCCGCCUGGUAAAUUUCGAUACCCUACUUCGCAGUACAACCCUGUACCUUCUAGUCAACAUCAGGAUAGAGGUCACUACCAAACUUCACCCCAAAGCUACACAUACACAGGAUACUAGUCAAGCUGGUCGGCAUCAUUGAGGAAUCUCAUUCUGUAGCAUUCAACAGAACGUCUCAUUUUCGCAUACAUCUGUGCCAUUUACUAGCAUUUCUUUUUUCGAGACAGUUUUAAAACUAAUUUCUUUGUAAAUAAGCAAACAAGAUUUUGUAAAACAUUGCUGUAUUUUUUGUACAGAAAUUUCUUUUCCUUAAUGUUAAGUGCAUUAGAUUUACAAAAACAUCAUGAUAGUAUUACCAAUACGUAAAUACCCAUAUACUCAACACACAAUAAAAACAUUAACUCUCUUUCAAAGAACACAACUUUAACAUUGUAAUGUAUUCUGGAACACCAUCACAUCUCACUGGCCCAUUUUAAGAGGUUAGUAAUAAUAGGCAUAAAACUCUAAAAUGGAAACGUGAAUUUUUUUUAAUGGGACAGGGAUGUACUUUUAUGUAAUAGAUUAAAAGUGGGGCAGGGUUCAAUGUUUUCCUUGUUUUGGGGGGAGGGUGGAUAGUAAAAUGCGACAAGAUUUUACCCGGUAUAUCAGUCAGAUAGGGUGAAAAAAUAAUAGCUUUUGAUUAAUUUUGUCAAAAUUCCUUCAAUAGAAAAUAACAAUAUUAUGAAAUUCACAGGCAAAUUUCCAAGCUGAAAUAUUAUUCAAAAUGUGUAAACUGUUACUAAAGAAAGUUAUUAAGUACACAUAUCAAAAUAUAUUUACGAAAACAUAUAAGUUCACAAUAGGCAAUAAAAAUCUCUAAUUCAAAUAGUUCUGAAUAUAAAAUAUCACAGCACUUGCCACGAUCAUCACAAAACUUUAAUCUCGUGUACAACAUCAUUUGUUUAAAAUAAAUUCCAGUUUUUGAUUUUAGUCAAACUAAAUUCCAAACUCCCCGCUGAGGCUUCAUCUAGGUAUAGACCUCUCCCAGCUGACGCAGUACAGAAACAGAUUUGUAUAUUGAGUCCGCGAUUCUCACGCAGGCAAAUAACACUAAAGAAGUAGUUUGUAGUUGAAGCUUGAAAAUAUUAAUAUCAAAAGCAUUAAUGUAAAAGUAUGGAUUUUAUUUUAAACAUAAAAUGAUCAAAAGAUCACUAAAAAUUAGGGAGACUCUGUUCAAAUUAUAGUGUAAAGUAAUGAACUUGAUGUUUUAGUUCUUGAUUUGAAAUGUUUGUUUGACAUUAUGUUUUCGCGUCAUUUUGCUGUGUGGUUUCGUAGUUCCUAGGAAACCCCUAUCCCAUAAUGCCUAACUGGAAGAGUUUGGUUUGUGAGCAAACGAACUCUGGUGGAAGUUUGAGCCAAAUGCAUAUAAUUCAAUUUUACUUGUAACAUGCAAUUUGAUUGGCUGAGCACAAAAUUUAGUUUGUAUUGUAUAACGAAUGGGAACAUCACGCGGCCUUUUCCGUCAAGUUGAGAGAGAAAAAAACUUGGGAUGUAAGCCCAAGAAUAAGAUUUUCAUAAUGAAGAUGUAAAAUAUAUUUUUCACCAAGGGGAAAGUUCCUGAUCCAUCUCUGAAAGCAUAAGACAUGCCAUAUUUUACGAUAUGUCCCGUCACAUUGACCUGUGUAUUGCAAUCAACAUUUUUCUGUACAUCUUGUCGGAUCGACUUAAAAGUCUCGUGUCGUAAUCAUUACAUUUUCUGUGAUCAAAAUUCUUUGCAAAUGCUACGUUUUCAAAUUUGAAAAAAUAUAAUACAUGCUCUGUUAAAUGACUCUUCAUCAGUAGUUGCUAAGUGAAUGCUUGUCUGGUGCAUGUGAUUUGUAUAUAUUAAUGUUUACUCAUAUUUUAAUAAACUAAGAUUUGUA